CACCCUCCUCUCGGACUAUGGCCUCGGAUCGCGGGGUCCCAGGGGCCGGCGUCUUCGGAGAUCUACCGCCGAGUUACACGCGCUCCCAGCCGGCCGCCAACGCCGACCUGCUCCGGAGACCGAGCUACUGCCACGCCGCCUUCGCCCUUAAACAGAUUUCAAAGGGGAAAGCGGUAGGUCAGAAAGCUCCUCUGUGGAUCCGGGCAAGGUUCCAGGCCCUCCUCUUCUCUCUAGGCUGCCACAUCCAGAGACACUGUGGGAAGGUCCUUUUUAUUGGACUCUUAGUUUUUGGGGCUCUGUCCGUGGGGCUCCGAGUCGCAGCUAUCGAAACGGACAUCGAAAAACUAUGGGUGGAAGCUGGCAGUCGGGUGAGCCAGGAGCUUCGAUACACCAAGGAGAAGCAGGGAGAGGAGUCUGUAUUUACCUCACAGAUGAUUAUCCAGACGCCCAAAGAAGAGGGCAGCAACAUUCUCACACAGGACGCUUUGCUGGUUCACAUGGAAGCUGCUCUGUCUGCCAGCAAGGUCCAGGUGUCCCUGUUUGGAAAAUCAUGGGAUCUCAACAAAAUAUGCUACAAAUCUGGAGUCCCCAUUAUAGAAAAUGUCAUGAUUGAAAGGAUGAUUGACAAGCUGUUCCCCUGUAUGAUAAUCACCCCGUUGGACUGUUUUUGGGAGGGGGCUAAACUACAAGGCGGAUCUGCCUAUUUACCGGGAAUGCCAGAUAUCCAGUGGAUGAAUCUGGACCCGGUCAAGCUGAUGGAGGAACUCAGUCAGUUCACCUCACUGGAGGGAUUUAAGGAAAUGCUGGACAAAGCCCAGGUGGGCCAUGCCUAUAUGAACAGGCCUUGUCUGGACCCCUCAGACCCUGACUGCCCCCUCAGUGCACCAAACAAGGAGCUGGGAGAGAGUCCUGACAUCGCUGGUCGUCUCCAGGGUGGUUGUCAUGGUUUCAGUAGGAAGUUCAUGCACUGGCAGGAGGAGCUGAUCCUGGGAGGACGAGUCAAAAACAGCCAGGAAACUCUGCUGAGUGCCGAGGCUCUCCAAACCAUGUUCUUGCUGAUGAGUCCCAAGCAGCUGUACGAGCACUUUAAAGACGAUUACGAGAUCCAUGACAUCAACUGGAAUGAAGACAAAGCUACCGCCAUCCUUGAGUCGUGGCAGAGGAAGUUUGUGGAGGUUGUUCAUCAGAGUAUCCCAGACAAUUCCAGCCAGUCCAUCCACGCUUUUUCCACCACCACCCUCAAUGACAUCAUGAAGUCCUUUUCUGAUGUCAGCGUCAUCAGGGUUGCUGGAGGGUACCUGCUCAUGCUGGCCUACGCCUGUGUGACCAUGCUGAGGUGGGACUGUGCGAAGUCUCAGGGAGCUGUGGGACUAGCCGGGGUGCUCCUGGUUGCCCUGUCAGUGGCUGCAGGCCUGGGACUCUGCUCCCUGCUUGGCCUGUCCUUCAAUGCUGCCACCACGCAGGUUCUUCCCUUCUUGGCGCUUGGGAUUGGUGUGGAUGACAUGUUCCUGUUGGCUCACUCCUUCACCGAGACCGGAGUUAACAUCCCCUUCAAGGAGAAGACUGGAGACUGUUUACGGCGCACAGGCACGAGUGUGGCGCUCACCUCCAUCAACAACAUGAUUGCUUUCUUCAUGGCUGCUCUCGUCCCCAUUCCCGCCCUGCGAGCUUUUUCUUUGCAGGCGGCCAUUGUUGUAGUAUUUAACUUUGCCAUGGUGCUGCUGAUCUUUCCGGCCAUCCUGAGUCUGGACCUCCAUCGGCGCGAGGAUAAGCGCCUUGACGUCCUCUGCUGCCUGUACAGCCCCUGCUCCAACCGCAUCAUCCACCUCUCACCUCACGAGCUGUCCGACGCCGCGGAGCAGCCACACACACCCACGGCACCGGCGGCACACACGCACCAGUACGCUGCAGGAUCGACCAUCACCACGAGCACCCACAUCAUGACCACGGUGCAGGCCUUCACGCAGUGCGACGCGGCGGGCCAGCACAUCGUCACCAUCCUGCCCCCCACCUCGCAGAUCUCCACCAGCCCCACCUCCAUCAUCGUCUGCCCCCCGACUCAUCCACAAGCCGCCACCCCCUCCCCCAACACUACCUCUGUCCUGGACCCUUAUGAUUCCCAGCUCUUCGCCCCCACCUCCAGCUCCACGCGGGACCUCCUAGCCCAGAUGGAGGACUCCAAGCAAGGAAGGAAGUGUGUCCCACUCCCCUUCUUACAUUGGAACCUGGCCAGCUUCGCGAGAGAGAAGUAUGCGCCUCUUCUCCUCAAACCCCAGAGCAAGGCUGUGGUGGUGGUCCUCUUCCUGGGCCUUUUGGGUCUCAGCCUGUAUGGGACGACCAUGGUCCACGAUGGCCUAUACCUUACAGACAUUGUGCCACGGGACACCAAGGAGUACGACUUCAUCGACGCCCAGUUUAAGUAUUUCUCGUUUUACAACAUGUAUCUGGUGACCAUGGACGGGUUUGACUACGCCAAGUCGCAGCAACUGCUGGUCCAGCUGCACAACGCCUUCACCUCCGUCAGAUACGUGGUUAGAGAUGGCGACCACAAACUGCCCCGCAUGUGGCUGCACUACUUCCAGGACUGGCUUAAAGGUCUUCAGGUGGCAUUCAACGCUGACUGGGAGGCAGGAAGGAUUACCUACGACACCUACCGUAAUGGCACGGAGGAUGGCGUUCUGGCUUACAAGCUCCUCAUCCAGACGGGCUCCAAGAAAGAGCCUUUCAACUACAGCCAGCUGACGUCCCGUCGGCUGGUGGACACGGAGGGUCUGAUCCCCGCUGAGGUUUUCUAUAUCUACCUGACGGUAUGGGUCAGCAACGAUCCUCUGGGCUACGCCGCCUCCCAAGCAAAUUUCUACCCUCAUCCAAGGGAGUGGAUCCAUGACAAGUAUGACACCACAGGAGAGAACCUGCGAAUCCCCGCCGCAGAGCCACUGGAGUUUGCCCAGUUUCCCUUCUACCUGAACGGCCUCCGGCAGGCGAGCGACUUCGUAGAGGCCAUUGAGAGCGUACGGGCCAUCUGCGAUGAGUUUGGCCGCAAGGGCGUGUUCAACUAUCCAAAUGGUUACCCCUUCCUCUUCUGGGAGCAGUACAUUGGCCUCAGACACUGGUUCCUGUUGUCUAUCAGCGUGGUGCUGGCCUGCACCUUCCUGGUCUGCGCCAUCCUGCUGCUCAAUCCCUGGACUGCAGGUGUCAUUGUGUUUAUCUUGGCUAUGAUGACGGUCGAAUUGUUUGGCAUCAUGGGUUUGAUCGGCAUCAAACUGAGCGCCAUCCCCGUGGUCAUCCUGAUUGCAUCGGUUGGCAUCGGCGUGGAGUUCACCGUCCAUAUCGCGCUGGGUUUUCUGACGGCGAUAGGCAGCAGGAACAAGCGGUCGGUGGUGGCUCUGGAGCACAUGUUCGCCCCGGUGAUUGACGGUGCAAUCUCCACACUGCUGGGAGUCCUCAUGCUGGCGGGGUCAGAGUUUGACUUCAUCAUGAGGUAUUUCUUUGCUGUGCUGGCCAUCCUGACUGUUCUGGGAAUGUUAAACGGCUUGGUUCUCCUGCCAGUCCUCCUCUCCCUCAUGGGCCCUCCGGCUGAGGUCACCCCAUCUGACAAUGCCAGCCGCCUGCCCACCCCGUCACCUGAACUUCCACUGCCCCCGCCCAUGACUCACCACGGGUACAACGCGGGUCACCACCAGCUGCGGUCAACACGCCAACAGGCCUUUUCAGAAUCGUCAGACUCGGAGUAUUAUUCUGAAACCACCACCACCUCAGGGAUUGGGGAGGAGGAUUAUAAAUACUGUGACCGGAGCACGUUUGUCGUUGCGCCGUGUGCCAACGCUCCCUCCACCACAUCUCACAUACUGCUGGAGGCCAGCAAGAACCCUAGCUUCCCCAAGCUCACGGUGGUGAAACCCUUCAGAGAAAGUGCGACAGACAAUGGUGGCACAAAAGGUCACUCUAAUGAAUCUUCUCAUAAUACACAGUCUGCUGGCUCCCAGAUGACCUGCUGGGACGGAAACAAGCGGGAGCAGCAGCAGGGCCCCCAGAGGCCCCCGCCCAGCGACAGAGCUCACAUCUCUGGGAGGACUAGUCACUGUGGGCCCAGGCUUCAGGCUGGCAGAGGGCCUCAGCCUAGCAGGACUAAAGGGCCAGCUUAUAGCAUGAAUAACUCUGCCCAGGCACCACAACAAGCUUCCACUGGAGGAGCUGUUACGAUGGUGACCGCCACGGCCUCGGUGACUGUCGCUGUGCACCCGAGCUUGCCCGGGGCUGUGCACCAAGGCUACAUGCACGAGGGUUUUGACACGGACAGUGAGUUGGACUGUUUUGAGGGUACUAAGAGGACAUGUGGUGGCAAUAUAAACCUGUCUUCCUGUAAGAAAGACUCUCUCGAGCUCCAGGACUUGGAAGCAGCACAGAGCCAGAUACAGCUGCAGCUCAGCAGGACACAAGGUGGGUUGAGGAUCCAGGCAGCCAAAGAUUGCUAG